AUGAGAAGUUUCAUGGGAUGGAUGUUAUUAAGUAUUGGAAGGAAAAUGAAAGGAAAUAUCCCGACCUUUCAGUGAUGGCACGUGAUGUACUCGGUGUUCCAAUUACUACCGUAGCAUCAGAAUCAGCGUUUAGUAUUGGUGGUCGUGUUGUUACCAAGUACGAAGUUGUAUCCAUCAUGAGAAUGUCCAAACUCUUGUUACUACAAGAAAUUGGUUGCAUGGAUUUACUUGGCCUAAUGCUGAUGAAGAUGAAGCUGUUAAGGAAUCGAUACCUCAUGUUGAUUCAAAUGUGCUCGAUGGUUCUCGUCUUAAACGGAUAUGUUAUAGCUUUGCAAGUUGAAAUGAAGUUGUUAAGCUUUAAUUGACUAGUUUUUUUAAUUUUAACUCGUUAGGAUUUUAUUUUUGUAUUUGGAUGCGGCGAAUUCUAGUGCAAGAUUUGUAUAUUUUUUGGAUUAUCAAACUGUAGAAGUUUGCUUGCUAAA